AUGACGCUUUUUCUUCCAAUUGGCCAUCGUUGCUGGUGCCCCGCCUUGCGGCUGCACCCGGUGGCGCCGUUGCUGGUGCCCCGCCUUGCGCGCGAGGACGCCACCGUCGACGGCUACGACAUCCCCGCCGGCACGCGCGUGCUCGUCAGCGUGUGGUCCAUCGGCCGCGACCCCGCGCUGUGGGACGCCCCGGAGGAGUUCAUGCCGGAGCGCUUCCUCGGCAGCAAGCUCGACGUGAAGGGACAAGAUUACGAGCUGCUGCCUUUCGGGUCGGGCCGGCGGAUGUGCCCCGGGUACAGCCUCGGCCUGAAGGUCAUCCAGGUGAGCCUCGCCAACCUGCUGCACGGCUUCACCUGGAGCCUCCCCAACGACAUGACCAAGGAGGAGCUGAGCGUGGAGGAGAUCUUCGGCCUGUCCACGCCGCGCAAGUUCCCUGUCGAGGCCGUCGUCGUGCCCAAGCUGCCAGCACAGCUCUACGCCAAGCCUUGA